AUGACGCGGUCCGAAGAGCCUCUCCUAGCGAGACCGGCAUCACCCAACUCGUCGACCAACGAGAUCGAGGAGGAAGAUGCGCUCCUGACGGGCCAGCCCACGAACCGAUCACCUACAUCCAAAGCACGGAAAUGGAGAGAAGCCGGCCUGUUCGUAUGGGCGGUACUCGCCACCGCUGCGGUCAUCGUUCUAGCCGUCGUCUACCAGCACGAAUCGUCAGUGGCACGCUCAAGACCGAAGACCGGGGGAUGGGGUCCAGACGGGAAGCCGAGCGGCAAGCGCAACAUGAUAUUCAUGGUGUCAGACGGCAUGGGCCCGACGUCUCUGUCCUUGACGAGGAGCUGGAGACAAUACACCAGUGGACUACCCAUUGACGACCUCCUAGUGCUGGACAGACACCUGAUCGGGUCGUCGAGGACACGCAGCUCGAGCAGCCUGGUGACGGACUCGGCGGCCGGCGCGACGGCGUUUUCGUGCGGCUUCAAGAGCUACAAUGGUGCGAUUUCGGUGUUGCCCGACCACACGCCGUGUGGGACGGUGCUGGAAGCGGCCAAACGAGCGGGAUACAUGACGGGGUUGGUGGUGACGACGCGGCUGACCGAUGCCACGCCGGCGUGCUUUGCAGCGCAUGCCAACCGGCGGGAAUACGAAGAUCUGAUCGCCGAACAGAUGGUCGGCCAUUACCCGCUUGGCCGGGUGGUGGACCUGCUCAUCGGCGGAGGACGAUGCCAUUUCCUGCCCAACACCACUGAAGGGUCGUGCAGAGCCGACUCGACCGACGUGGUGGCCAUGGCCAAGGACGACUUCGGGUACCAGUACAUCGACAACCGGGCGGAUUUCGACAACCUUGACAACCAAAACGGUCAUCUCGACCUGCCUCUCCUGGCUCUGCUGGCUGACACCGACAUCCCCUAUGAGAUCGACCGGGCCCAGGUGUCGGACGUGUACCCGAGCGAAGCGGAGAUGGCCAGACUCGCGCUCAAGGCAUUGUCCGCUGCGACCAAGGACUCGGACAAGGGCUUCUUCCUCAUGAUCGAAGGGUCCCGGAUCGACCAUGCCGGCCAUGCCAACGACCCGGCGGCCCAAGUGCGCGAAGUCAUGGCCCACGACGAAGCAUUCGACGCAGUACUCAAGUUCCUUGACGGCGACGAGACAGAAGGCGUGCUCGUGUCCACGUCGGACCAUGAGACGGGUGGUCUCGCCACCGCCAGACAGCUUCACGAGUCAUACCCCCAGUAUCGAUGGUAUCCGGAAGUCCUGGCCAACGCGAGCCACUCGUACGAGUUCAUGGCGCGGGAGUGGCGCAAAUACCUCGACUCCUCGUCUUCGCUGUCGCGUGGCGAAAAAGCCAUCAAGCUCGCCGACAUGAUCUCUUCAGACCUCGGCAUCACAGACUACAGCGACGACGAAAUCGACGCCAUCAUCGACGCCUCGCCGGUCUGGCCUCCGGCGUACCACUUUGCCGACAUGAUUUCGCGCCGCGCCCAGGUCGGCUGGUCCACGCACGGCCACAGCGCUGCGGACGUCAACAUCUACGCCUCGCACCCUACUCAUGCCCCGGGACUGGUGGGCAACCACGAGAACAUCGAAGUUGGCCAGUUUAUCGCCGAGUACCUCGACCUCGAUCUCGAGCCGGUCACCAAGGAGCUGAGGGAGAAGAAGGUCAAGACUUCCUAUUCCGCUUCUGCAUCCCAUUCCGGCAAUCAAACCGCUGCAUCUGAAGGUUGGGGCGAGUGGAUGGGUCCGCCUGGGUUACCGGCCAAUGAUAACGCACAACUUGUCUCGCUUGACGAGUAUCAUGGCGACUUCAAGCAUCGGAAACGCGAAGCCGAAGCUGCAAUGGACUGUGGCUGUGGCAUGAAGCAUUGA